ACGGACCUUCCGUUUCAGAGGCUAACAAGCGAUGGAGGGACUCUUGUGCGAUGCAGGAUGGAAGGAGGGAUGUGGUGGUAAUCGGUGCGUGGGCGUUAUCAUUGGGUGGGAGGGCAGAUGCUGAGUUCGUGUGCAGGGCCGAAUGGGGUGGAUAUAAAGAGUGGCGAGGAUCGCCACCCACUCGAGGGACGUGUUUUGCUUUGUCUGUCUGAGCAGCCACAAGCGGACGGGAGGAUUCCAGCGGCCCGUUGAUCUGGGGACACGUGCUCGUGCGCUACCGUUCAUAUAUCCUUGCUUCUUCCACUGGAAUCCCGCUUUCCGCAGCAAGCUUCCACCCAGGCAAGAUGAAGUCCCUCAUCCUCGCCCUCCUCUCUGCGACCCUUAUCUCUGCCCUUCCUGCCCCGGAGCUCGUCCGCCGCUCCCCACCCAACAUCCCCUCCACCACGAGCGCCAAGAGCCUCCUCGCCGGCCUGACCGUCGCCGCGCAAGGCUCGCAAGACGGGUACUCGCGUGAUCUUUUCCCACACUGGAUCACGCAGAGCGGGGCGUGCAACACGCGUGAAGUGGUGCUGAAGCGCGACGGGACGAACGUUGUGCAAGACUCUGCUUGCGCGGCGACGAGCGGGAGUUGGUAUAGCACGUAUGACGGGGCGACGUGGACGGCGGCGAGUGAUGUGGAUAUCGACCACGUCGUACCGUUGAGUAAUGCAUGGAAGUCUGGAGCGGCUUCCUGGACGACAUCAAGACGCCAGGCUUUCGCCAAUGACUUGACGAAUCCGCAGCUCAUUGCCGUGACGGACAACGUCAAUCAGUCAAAAGGUGACAAAGGCCCAGAGGAUUGGAAGCCCCCGCUAACGAGCUACUAUUGCACCUACGCCAAGAUGUGGGUAAAGGUGAAGAGCGUGUACUCGUUGACGAUUACGAGUGCGGAGAAGAGCGCAUUGACGAGCAUGCUGAACACGUGCUGAGCAAUCGAUGGCAGAGGGUGGCGGAAGGGUUACGAGAGCUCAGGCCGGACGUAAAUGUGUCAGGGGGCGAGAGAACCGGAUAAAUAGAUCUCAACGAGUUAUGGCUUUCACGCUCAAUUU